AAGAAACACAUCCAUUCCAGCAUUCGAAAAAAUAUAUUUAAAAAACCACCCUAUAAAUGAGCCUCAUUUUCGUCAUGAGCUUUAUUGUGUGUUCAACCGUCCAUCUGGUUACGAUUGAGUAGUUUCUCUUUGUUCAGAUUGUAUCAUAAUAGACCUGUACCACAUAAUAGAGAAGAGCACAUAGAUCUGACAUAAUUAUAGCCCGGGUAUAUAGGCCUAAACAAUUUCGCACACCGUCGUAGAUGUUCGAUAUGAAAAGACUUGGCACCUUGCUCCUGGAUUCCGGACAUCUCCGAAGAAAGCCAAGCUGUGGAUCGUUUACUUUCUUUCAUCAAGUUAAUGUGAGGAAAGACUCGUUAAAGAAACCUAUAGCCUGCCAUUGGUGGAAACUGGCUUAGUUCGGAAUCUCUGAACACAAACAGCCAAAAGUACAGCUACGUACAUCCGAAUGGUUUCUUCCAGGACAGAUCGCAUCCUGGAGACAAGAUGGCCAUCGAGAGGCAGAUAACCCUGAUGAUCGGUUGCCUGGAGACACUCUUUUACGGAGGUACCAUAUUCGGAUGGCCAUCACUCGUAUUUAUACUGAAGGAUAUCGGCUACUACGGAGGAGACUGUCUCCAGAACACCGAUGACGUCAACGCUUCUGCUUCAUCUUUCGUCACGCCUUGCUCUUCGUGUGAGGAUCAGAGAUCGAUUGAUGCUGACGAACCGUCUUCCGCCAACACCUCGUCGGGCUUAUCUUGUCAUUCCCAAGACGCCAGUCUUCAGCUGGUUUAUUCUGUCGCCAUUUCCAUUCAACUCUUUUCCUUCUUUCCCAUGGGUGUCCUCUUCGAUGUGUUUGGGACCAGAGUCACUCGAGUCCUCUUUAGUGUACUACUUCUCGCGGGUAACCUGUUCAUCGGAUUCAGUUCCCCGGAGCUACCGGGUCUUCUGUAUCCAGGAGCUAUCUUCAUGGUGACCGGUGGCACAGCAGUAAUCAUCUGUAACAUGGAGAUUGGAAACUUAUUUCCCUCUCACAAGUCGAUAGUCAUCACUGCUCUACAGGGUUUAUACGGAUCCGCACAAGUCGUCUUCCUUAUAAUAAAGGUAGCAUACGAAGCAGGGUUCUCCAUGCCGACAACCCUCUUCAUCUCAGCCGGCUGCUCCCUUCUCCUAAACAUCAACACAUUCAUCCUCCUGCCUGUCAAUCACAUUCCUUGGCCACUCCCACCGGACUACAGGCUUAUCAGAUGCUGUGGGAAGCGGCCCGAGGCCCCGCCCACUUCUACUCCUGCUUUCUAUAACAAGGCGUAUGUGGUUGACGGAGAGAAAGCGGAAGAGUGGCCUAUAUCUAAAAUUAAAGGAAAUGUACAUGAGAAUGAAGUCGGCGCUAUCAAACCGACGUCAGGAAACAGAAGUGACAGUUCACCUAGAAGGGCGCCCUCACCCCCGUCGCCAACCCAAGAUCUUCCACGGUACACGUCAUUCAAAUCCUGCAUAUUCUCUCUUCCGUUUUGGGCCAUACUCAUGUGGCAGGCUAUUCUGGAACUCGAUGUCAUUUUCACCCUUGGGGUGUUGAAUUAUUUCUUGACCAGACUAGCAAAUGGAGACACAGAUAUCGUAAGUUCAUAUACAAAUGUAUUCAUCAUUACACAGCUGACUGCUGUUGUGCUAGGUCCAGUUGGUGGUCUUGUCGUUGAAAGGAACAAAACAGGUCCAUGUAAAAAUGGACUCAAAGCAAGGAACUAUUACCAUGAUAUUCUAGAUUGCUGCCUUCCACUCGCCUUUCCAAGCCUCCUAUCUGCGGCCUACUCGGGUAUAUUCCUUAUCCCUAACAUCGAGGUGCAGUACCUGGCCUUCAUGCUCAUCACAUUCUUCCGAGUGUUCUUCUUCGGCACCGGACCAGUCAUUGUUUCUGCCAUAUUUCCUCAGAAGUAUUUCGGUCGUAUAUACGGUGUCAUCCGGACUAUAACGGGUUUGGUAACCCUGCUACAGUAUCCUAUCUUCAUUAUCAUACAAGAGUAUCUAGAUGAUGAUCCCUUCUACGUCAUGAUUGGUUUUGCCGCGGCUGAUCUUCUGACGUUAUUCUUGCCAUUGUUCCUCUAUGUUUCAGCCAAGAGAAAUCUGAGAAGGUUUAUCAACAACCAUGACAACAGCAACAGAAGCAACAACAGAAAAUAACAAUACUAUACUAUAACUAAUUGCAACAGUAUCCGUGAAUACAUAGGGAUAGAAAAAUUAAUGACUUAUCAAAAUAAUGAAUGGAUAUAAUGAUAUGAUACAUUAUAUAACAGCAAAACCAAAACAAUAUCGUUAAUCAAAAGAGCUCUUACUUGUUAGCCUCAAACGUCCACAAGGCGUAGUUUUACACAUGUACAUUAUAGUUAUUUUUAUUAGAGCAUAAUAAUUAUUUCAACCAUACGCAUGAGGAUUUAGCUAUAUUGGACACUAAAUGCUGCAAGUUUGAGAUACAUUUGCUGUAUAUUUCUGUUUUAAAACAAAAUAAGAAAAGGUGGGACCCUUAGAUAAUUCAGUAGGAUGUAAAAUAUUUGCCAACGAUUUUAUUGUAAUUUAUACAAUUCCAAUAUGUUUACCACGUUGAUAAGAACACAAUGUCACACAGUGUGAUCACAGUCUGUUCUCACUGUGAAAAUAUCAUUCACACUGUUAAAAUGCUCAUAUUCAACAGUGUGAAGAUUUUUUCACACUGUGGACACCUCGACAGCGUGACUGUUCACAGCGUGUUCACAUUGUCGACUGUGUGUAAAUGGUAUUCACUCUGACUUUUCAAAUGCUCAAAUUCGAAUAUUUCAACACUGUGGACACCCGGACAUUGUGACUGUUCACAGUGUGUUCUCAUGGUCAGCUAUGUGAAAAUAUGAUUUAUACUGUUAAAAUGCCCAAGUUCACCAGUGUGAAGAUAUAUUCACACUGUGGACACCUGGACAUUGUGACUGUUCAAAGCAUGUUCACAUACUUGACUAUGUGGAAAUAUUAUUCACUAUGUUAAAAAGCUCACAUUCAACAGUGUGAAUAUAUUUUCACACUGUGGACACCUCGACAGUGUGACUGUUCACAGCGUGUUCACAUGGUCGA